CCAGGGAAGGGGCAGCAAAGCAAGAAGAAGUAGCCAGAUCCAAAUCAAUAUACUUACGAUAUCGAGAUGAAUCACGCCAAGGAGAAGGUGAAGGACGCGGCGAGCGCGGCGAAGGCCAAGGCCAAGAUCACGCAGGCCAAGGUGGCCGAGAAGACGGAGGCGGCCACGGCGAGGUCGCACGACGAGCGUGCGCUGGCGCACGAGCGGGGCAAGGCCAAGGUCGCCGCCGCCGAGGCCGAGCUGCACCAGGCCAAGGUGACCCACCGGGAGGAGGCCAUGGAGCACCGCCUCCACAAGCGCGCCGGCACCGGGCACAAGCACGGCGCUGGCCACUGAUGUGCAUAAAGGAGCCGGACGGCCGGCCGCCGGCUAGAAAGAUGUACCGUGCACGCAUCGUUCAUGCUAGCAAACCGGCCUGUACUGGUGUCCAACUCCUUUUCCAUUUUUUUUACUCCGGGUCCAAAUGUGUGUUCAUUGACGUCGGGCUUAAUUUGGAGUGGUGAGAGCUGCCUGCCCGCCCCAUGUGCAUAUGUAUGUAUUUUCGCUUCUUGAAUAAUUAGUAACAGAUUGACUUAA